AUGUUGGCGAAAAAGGAUCUCAUUAAAUUUCAUUAUUGUUAUUUAUUUUUCUUCAUAUUGCUGUCAUUAAUAUUUAUAGUACCAUUGAUUACUGCCAAUGGAGAUUAUAAGAUAGAUUAUGUUAAUAUUCACGGUCCGAACAAGACUCAGCUAGGGAGUAAUUUAACUUUAAAAUGUGUUUCGUCGCCAAACAACAGUAUAGUUUGGUGGAGUUUUAACGGACAAAACAUUACCAGUCAAGAAAGAUUUCACAUUCAAAAAACUGUAGUUGAUUUUAGUGUAGUUUUAAAAUUAGUCGUAGCCAAAGUUGAAAAAGUAGAUAUUGGUAAUUAUUCGUGCCAUGUUGUUUUACCAGAAAACAAUGAAUUACAAGCUUCUAAAAAUAUUUUUGUCGAUGUAAUAUUAAAAGGAAGAGUUUUGUCAUCGAAUACAGUUCGAGUAUUGAAAGAAAAAGAUGCCACAUUAAAAUGCGAAAUGGAAGGAUAUCCUUUGAGCAAUCCGGAAUGGAAAAUUGAAAAAUCUGGAUUGUCCGAUUUGCUUCCUCAAAAUAUUCAUAAUAAUUUUAUAAAUGAAACUUAUUUGGAAACUGAAUUGAGUUUUCAAAACGUGAAUCAUCACGAUAAUGGAAGUUACAUUUGCAGGGCUUUGGGCCCCGAUGGUUAUUUUCAAUCUUCGGUGCAUCUUUUCGUUUUAGACAAGCCUCAAGUUGUUAUAGACUUUGUCAAAGCUGUUGGUGCUAAUGUACUUUUUUUCAAUUGGACGGUAAACGAUGGUAAUGAUCCGGUUAAGGAAUUUUAUCCACAGUAUAAGAAAAAUGGCUCAAACGAAUGGGUUUAUUACCCGGAAAGAGUUGGCGGAGGCAACACGAGUUUUUUAUUACAAAAUUUAAAUAAAAACACCCUGUAUCAAGUUGGAAUCAGUGCGAGGAAUUCCAUUGGUAGAGGAGAAGUUUACACUCGCGAUGAAUGGGUUUCGACGUUGGAAAAAGAUCCGACUUUUGUACCGGAAGUAACCGUAAAAGGAACAACUUCGAAUUCUGUUUCGUUGGGUUGGACUCAGCCUCCUCCUGAUGUUAAAGAUUACGUUCAGUAUUAUCAAAUCAUUUUGCAAAACAAUGAAACAAAACAGGAAACCAUUCAUCCUUCGUCAUUUAUGAAUGCUUAUCUUUUUACAAAUCUCAUUUCCGCCACGAAUUACAAAAUUAAAAUAGCCGCAUGCAGUGAAUAUUUGAAAAAGUGUGGAAAUUGGUCAGAAGAAGUGAACGGAACUACUUUGGAUGGAGUUUCUGAUCCGCCAAUUAAUGUAUCGGUUCAAUGUCGUUUUGAUAAUAUAAGUCACGCUAGUUUUGUAUAUGUGACUUGGCAGCCGCCUGCGAAUCCUUAUGGUCAAAUUACUCAUUACAAUGUUAUUUUGCAAGGCGUUGCCAAUUUUCGAAAUGACAAAGGUAUUUUCGAGAAUAUGACGUACGGACCCAAAGCGAAAAGUAUCGCCGCAGAAACAACGUGGGCUCGAUUUGAAGUCGUUCCACCUAAUACUAAUUAUACCAUUCACGUGUCCGGAGUCACUAGAUCACGUCACGUGGGAAGAGAAGAAGUGAAACAUUGCUCAAUGCCGCCUACCAUUCCAGAAAAGGAAAAACUAUUACGAAUAGAUUGGAAAAAAAUCGAAUCGGAAAAGGGUAAAUGGUUGUUCAGGUUAAAUUUACAAAGGGUGUCGGAACGUAACGGAGCCAUUUGUUGUUACAUGGUGUACGUUGUAAAAUUAAGGCCCGGACAGCGAGCUUCGGAUUUACCCAAUCCGGAAAACAUUCCUCUGUCGUCAUAUGAACAAGUUCACAGAAACAUUUCCGGCGGUGCUUACAUAGCCGAAACAUUCGACAGUUUGUCCCUUAACGAAGAAAUAUUUCUCGGAGAUGGAAAGACGUCAAAUUUGAAUAAUUCUCCUUGUAAAUACUGCAUCAAUAUUCAUCAUAUAAAAAAGGCUUCGACCACUGCUUCGCCGCCUGUUGUCAUUAAUAUUAAUCCCACCGACAGAGUUAGAGAAUCCAAUGAUUUAAAAACGAACGACAUAUUUAAAAGACUUAAAAGAACGUCUUUUCAACCAGAAAAUGAUUUUGUCAUUUUCGAAAGCACCACUCCAACAAUAAACAGUUUGUCGUCGUCGUCGUCGUCAUCCGUGAACGACAUUGCCUACGACGGAGUUUUAGAUCGUCAUUUUAAUUACACGGGAUUCGUUGAAAUAAUAGUUUACGGUGAAAAUGGAAAUUUUAUACCGGCUUACAGUAAAUAUUUUAUGCCCAUGUGUCCGGGUCCGACAAUGUUGACCGCCAUCGACAAUUCCAGACAGCUGACCAUCGCUCUGUACGUUUUAAUUGGUUUAAUAAUCGUAGUUUUUAUACUUUUGAUAAUUUUAUUCGUUCUUCACAAUUACACGAAAACUGUGGCGGAAGAGCAAGGGAUAGAAAUGACGUUCACAAACACUCUCAUGCAUUUAUGCCGAAACGUCGGAGGAAGGCACGUACCUAUUUCUUCGAGUCCUCCCGACAUUCCACCCAUACCGAAAGCAGAAUUGGCCGCGGCCGUCGCUGAACUACAUCGAGAUUCCGAUUAUGGUUUUCAACACGAAUUCGAACUUUUACCCGAUCGAUUUCCGGAUCGUACUACGAGAGCAUCAGAAGCGAGAGAAAACUUUUACAAAAAUCGUUAUCCGGAUAUAAAAGCUUACGAUCAAACGAGAGUGAAAUUAUCGACCGUUGAUGGAAUAAUUGGUUCUGAUUACAUAAACGCGAAUUACGUCAUGGGAUAUAAAGAAAGGAAAAAAUUUAUUUGCGCUCAAGGACCCAUGGAUAACACCGUCAACGAUUUUUGGCGAAUGGUUUGGGAACAGCAUUUGGAAAUGAUACUCAUGUUGACGAAUUUAGAGGAAUACAGCAAGACGAAAUGUGCCAAAUAUUGGCCGGAUGCUCAAACGGGAGAGAAAAAAUUCGGAGAUUUCGUCGUGUCGCACGUGCACGAAAAACGAUAUUCGGAUUAUAUAAUUCGUGAUUUGAAACUUCGACAAGUGUCGGCGGAAUCCCCGGUCGAAAAGGAAAAAGACGAGGAAAGAAUGAUUGUUCAGUAUCAUUAUUUGGUUUGGAAAGAUUUCGUUGCUCCCGAACAUCCAUCCGGAAUCCUUAAAUUCAUCAAACGAAUCAACGAAGAAUAUUCGCUGGAAAAGGGUCCGAUAUUGAUUCAUUGCAGCGCCGGCGUCGGUCGUACUGGAACUUUGGUGGCUCUCGAUUCUCUCCUCCAGCAAUUGAACGAAGAAAAACAAGUGGCCGUAUUUAAUACCGUUUGCGAUUUGAGACACCAAAGAAAUUUUCUCGUACAAUCACUCAAGCAAUACAUAUUCAUUUACAGAGCUCUGUUGGAAGUGUCGCAAAGCGGAGACACAGAAAUCAAAAUGGCAUCGUUGAAAAGUCACGUGGAAAAAUUAAAACAGAAAGAAAGCGGAAAAGACAAAUGUAUGCUGGAAGAGGAAUUCGACAAGUUGGAAGUUUUAGUCAACGAUCGCGGGAAAACGUACAGCGUGGGGAGCAGCGAAGAAAACAAAAUGAAAAAUCGUAGCGAAGACGUCAUUCCAUACGAUAGAAAUCGCGUCAUGUUGGCUCCCAUUCCCGGAAAAGAUCAUUCGACGUAUAUAAACGCAUCGUUCAUUGAGGGUUACGACAAUUCCGAAUCUUUUAUAAUAACCCAAGAUCCGUUACCGGGAACUCUAAGCGAUUUUUGGAGAAUGAUAUCCGAACAGUGCGUGUCGACGUUGGUCAUGCUUUCGGAUUUGGGUGACGGACCGAGGAAAUGCAUAAGGUAUUGGCCGGAACCCGACGACGAAUCCUGUUACGACAACAUUAAAGUGAAAUACAUUCAAAGCGAAAGUUGUCCUUAUUACACGAGAAGAGAAUUCGCCGUGACGAACAUGAAAAACGACGACAGUAUUAUAACGACACAGUAUCAGUAUAACGGAUGGCCGACCGUGGAAGGAGAAGUACCCGAAGUCACGAGAGGACUCAUUCAACUCGUGGAUCAAACUCAAGAGAACAGAAUCCUUUCUUCCGCGAGCGAGGGAGGGAGUCCGGGGGGUCCGAUGGUGGUUCAUUGCAAUUUGGGAGCGGAAAGGAGUUCGAUAUUCGUCGCAUUGAGCAUAUUGGUUCAACAAUUGAAAACGGAAAAAUCGGUAGACAUAUUUUCAACGGCGAGAAAGUUGAAAUGUCAAAGACAUAAAAUGUUGGAAAAUUACGUACAAUACGAAUUCCUUCACAGGGCCAUUGUCAACUACGCGGAUUUACAUCACAUGACUGAAAACGGAACUACUUCUCCUUUGUAA